GUAAGGAAUCCCAACAAAUCUAAAAUGUCGCAUAAACUAAAAAAAGAAGAAGAAGAAGAAGAAGAACUUUGAUGCGUUUCAAUUCACAAUUGCAAGUGAAGUGAUUUUACUUUGACGCUAAAAGACAAAAAAAAAGAAGGAAAAAAAAAAUGGUUUGGUUAGGUUUCUUCUCUAAACAAAACAAAGUAAUCGGAGAAGAAGAAACACACAACAAUCGCCGGAAUCUGCGAAGAAGAAGAACAAAUUCCUUACUGACUCAUGGGGAAGUUGAAGCUCUACUCUUACUGGAGAAGCUCGUGCGCUCAUCGCGUCCGUAUCGCCCUCACUUUAAAAGGACUUGAUUAUGAAUAUAUACCAGUGAUUUUGCUCAAAGGGGAUCAAUUCGAUCCAGAUUUCAAGAAGAUCAAUCCAAUGGGCACUGUACCAGCGCUUGUUGAUGGUGAUGUUGUGAUUAAUGAUUCUUUCGCAAUAAUAAUGUAUCUGGAUGAUAAGUAUCCUGAGCCACCGCUGUUACCAAGUGACCUCCAUAAACGAGCCGUAAAUUACCAGGCGACGAGUAUUGUCAUGUCUGGUAUACAACCUCAUCAAAAUAUGGCUCUUUUUAGGUAUCUCGAGGAAAAGAUAAAUGCCGAGGAGAAAACUGCUUGGAUUACCAACGUUAUCACAAAAGGAUUCACAGCUCUCGAGAAUCUGUUGGUGAGUUGCGCUGGAAAAUACGCAACUGGUGAUGAAGUUUACUUGGCCGAUCUUUUUCUAGCACCACAGAUCCACGCAGCAUUCAACAGAUUCCAGAUUAACAUGGAACCAUACCCGACUCUUGCAAAGUUUCACGAGUCGUACAACGAACUGCCUGCAUUUCAAAAUGCAGUCCCAGAAAACCAGCCAGAUACUCCUUCCACCAUCUGAUUCUGCGAACCGUAAGCUUCUCUCAGCUCAAUAAAAAAAAAAACCUCAUACGUGACAACAACACAACAAAAAUAAUAAGAAAACCUUGUGUACUUAUAUGUAUCAUAUGAACCAGUUUACAAAUAAUUUUCAUUCCGAACAUAAACAUGUUGUAAAUCAUCAGAGAGAUUCAGAGAAAUGAAAUAAUGUGUUUCAAAAGUUUUAA